GAACCUGGCAGAGCUGAGCCUGGACGAGUUCCUCGCUGCCGGGUCCGAGUCGGAGCCUGACGGCGGCUCAGAGAAGGAGGAGGAGAGCGCUAGGCCCGCCAAGGGGGUUGCGGCGCAGCGGCGGCAGGGGGGGGUCAGGAAGAAAGGAAAAGCAUCUGAACAUAAAGAUCAGCUCGCCCGGCUGAAGGACAAAGAUCCUGAAUUUUACAAGUUUUUGGAGGAAAAUGAUCGCACGUUGCUGAAUUUUGAUGCUUCAGACAGCUCUGAGGAGGAGGAGCCGUUGCACAUACCACCUGAUACACUGGAGGAAGCAAGCGAUGAAGAUGAUGAUGAUGAAGAAGAAGAAAAAGUCAAACGGAAGAGAGUUUCUUUCAUCUCUGUGAGCUUGAAAAUGGUUGAAGAAUGGAAAAAAGCUGCAGAGAGCAACCUAACACCAAAACUUUUCCAUGAAAUCACUCAAGCCUUUAAAGCAGCUGUAGCAACCACCAAAGGAGACAGUGGUGGUGAUCCUAGCAAGUUUCAAGUAACUGAUGCUGCAGUGUUCAACGCCCUUGUGUCCUUCUGUAUCCGGGACCUUUUCCGCUACCUGCAGAAAUUACUUCUUCCAAAAACCCCAAAGAACAAACAAAAAGUGGUCCUCCCUUCCACCAGCCCGUUUUGGAGCAAGCUGCGACUGGACAUAAAAGUGUACCUCAGCUGUACCAUACAGCUCAUGUCUUGUUUAACGGAAGCCUCAGUUGGUGCAGCAGUCCUUCAGCAUGUCAUUUCCACAGUGCCUUAUUAUCUGUCCUUUCCAAAGCAGUGCCGUGCACUUCUCAAGCAAGCAAUUAAUUUGUGGAGCACAGGUGAGGAAACAGUGAGAGUACUGGCCUUCCUUGUGCUGAACAAGAUCUGCCGCUACAAGAAAGAGGUGUACCUAAGUCCCUUGCUCAAGCAAAUGUACAUUGCAUUUGUGAAGAAUUCCAGAUUCACCUCUCCCAAUGUCCUGCCCAUGAUCAACUUCAUGCAGCGCACGCUGACAGAGAUGUAUGCCCUGGACACGCAUACCUCUUACCAGCAUGCCUUCAUCUAUAUCCGUCAGCUUGCCAUUCACCUGCGCAGUGCAAUGACCAUAAAGAAGAAGGAGAAUUUCCAGUCUGUUUACAACUGGCAGUAUAUCCACUGCUUGUAUUUCUGGUGUCGGGUUCUCAGCACAAUCUAUCCCAGUGAGGUUAUGGAGCCGUUGAUCUAUCCUUUGACACAGGUCAUCAUUGGCUGUAUAAAGCUGGUACCAACAGCUCGAUUCUACCCUCUGCGCAUGCACUGCAUCCGUGCGCUCACGCUGCUGUCUGAGAACACCAGGACCUUCAUCCCAGUGUUGCCGUUUAUCCUAGAGAUUUUCCAACAAGUGGAUUUCAACAAGAGGCCAGGACGUAUAAGUGCUAAGCCCAUAAACUUUGCAGUGAUCUUGAAGCUUUCCAAUGCCAACCUGCAGGAGAAGGCCUUCCGAGAUGGACUCAUCGAACAGCUCUAUGACCUGAUGCUUGAGUAUCUCCAUUGCCAAGCCUACAGCAUUGGAUUCCCAGAGCUGGUUCUGCCCACUGUCAUUCAGCUCAAAUCUUUCCUGAAGGAAUGCAAGGUUGCCAACUACUGCAAGCCCAUCCGCCAGCUCCUGGAGAAACUGCAGGAAAAUUCUGCCUACAUCGCCAGCAAGCGUCAGAAAGCUUCCUUCGGCGUGGCCAGCCGGGAGGCUGUGGAGCAAUGGGAGAAGCAGGUCAAAGAGGAGGGGACACCUCUGACCAAGUAUUAUACUCAGUGGAAGAAGCUGAGAGAGAAGGAGAUACAACUGGAAAUCAGCGGCAAAGAAAGACUUGAAGACUUGAACUUCCCAGAAAUUAAACGUAAGAAGCACGAUGAAAGGAAGGAGGAAGAUAAGAAGGAAUUCAAGGACCUCUUUGACCUGGACAGUGACUCCGAUGAGGAGAGCGUUGGGUUCCCCAUAAAAGGUAAAGCCAAAGCCAAGCAGGCAUCCGACGACAGUUCAGAAGCCAGCAGCAAGGACUAUGGCGAGGAUGACGAUGAAGAGGAAGGAAGGUACGAGAUCGAGGAGGAGGAGGAAGAGUUGGAAGAAGACAGCGACUCAGAGGAGGAAGGCGAGGACGCGGCUGAGGUUCCCCAAGGGGCCAAGAAGCGGAGGCGCUGCCCCCCUGGGAUGUCACGGACGGACCUGGAGCAGCUGGCGCAGGGGGAUGAGGACAUUGUGGAGGACUUGGCCUUCUCUGAUGAUGACUGA